AGCUACAUUUUGUUUGCAGGCGUUCAGCCCAGGAUGGGAAAUAGCCUGACCGUUGUUCAAAGCACCUUUGUUUUGAUAAGUGGGCUAUGUGUUACUCUGCAGAACCUCGUUGAUGAAAACUAAAACUAUAAAUGAUGGUUACAAUGUUCAUCCAUUGUCUAUGUAAAACCCACUGGCGGGACGCCAUUAAGUUUGUAGUCUCGUUUUGCUUUGUUACAUAAAAAAAAUACACACAACUAUCGAAACACAAGUUACUAUUUUUAUUUAUUUAUUACUUCGGUAAAAUCGAAGCGUGUUAAUGUAGUUGGCUCCCCCUAACUGGUAACGUUGUCCAUCUAACGGUUAGAGUCUACCGUCAGACUGAUCAGGUAACUGCCUUUCAGUCAUCACUCUGGGCAUAACGUAGCCCUUUUCUCAUCCAAAGGUCGCGAGCAGUAGGCGCGGGACCUUUUUGUUGGUUACCGCGGCAACGUCAAACCGAUAAACUGCAGCAGAGCAACUUGCCGUUAGUAGUUCAAGCUAACGUUACUGGGAACCGUAAAGUGAUGUCGACAACGUUUGAAGUCGCGCGUUAAUUACAAAGUAAUUUAUGAUUUUCAGUAUCGCAAUGUUAACUAACUGAAGAACAUGGCCCACAACGACGUACGAGUGCAGUGGAUCCAAGAGUGCGUCUCAGCCGGGUUCAACAUAGCGGACGGUUCCAACUGUUUCCGCGAACUAUUCGACCGGGGAGAUGGAGAGGAAGAGGAGAAGAUCACCAGCUUUUUGAACUUUGUCUCUGAGGAAGACUCGAGCUCAUGUCUUCUGUUUUUCAAAACUAUCAGAGAGGAAGAAAUUGAAGUUGAAACGUUCACAACCACAGAAAGGAGGAGAGAUGGAGACUCUUCCGAUCCUGACAAGGAGUCCAGGACUCAAAGUGGACCAGAGAAGACCUCAGGCAGUGAACAGAGUCCCACACAUGUUCAAGUGGUCUAUCACAUUGAGCUUCAUGUGGCAGUAAACGAAUACCCAGAGAGAUUUCUGAAAUCCACCGUGUUCUACUUCAUGAGGAACACAAAGGAGACCGUUCAUGAACCAAAGGACAUGAAAGAGGCCAUUAAGCUGAUGCCCAGGCUAUUUGACAUUGGUAAGGAUAAUGGACAGUCCCUUUCUGCGCUGCGGAACAAACUUGCCCAUGUGUAUAUUCCCUUGAUUACUGCCCACCAGAUGAAGAUAACUGGUGCAGGUUAUGAAAGCAGGGCAGUUUCUCCUCGGGGGGAAACCAGUGGAGCGAAAGAAGAGAAGAGUCCAGUGAAGUCAAGCGGGCAACUCACGACUCGUGACGAGUUGCUCAAUAGGUUGUACAAGUAUUCGGCCAUGGUCCAGACAACUAUCCAACGCCUUCAGAUACAAGAUGAGAAUAGACUGGACAUCCCUGAGCUCGACCUGGAGCCGGAGGUGGAUGUACUGCUAUCUAAUCCAGAGAUGGUAGAGAAGCUGGAGCAGUGUGCGAUGAACUGGCAGACUCAGAUUACCAUUGUUAUUGAGUUGCAGCAAAACAAAGAGCCACAGGGCCCUGGCCCUUUGGCAGAGGUAGCUUUUUGGCGGGAGCGUGCAUCCAUCAUGAAUGGUCUGAGUGAGCAACUCAAGCAGCCGGUAGUCUGCAAGAUCCUGGAGGUGCUGACCAAAGCAGAUGCAGGCAUUGUUCAGACCCUGGAAGGAACAGUUGUUGAACUCACGAAAUACAGCGCGGAGUCCGAUGAUAACUUACGCUUCCUCAGCACAAUGGAAAGACACUUCAUGAAUCUGGGUACUGUAGCAAAUUUGAAUGCACUCCUGGAGACCAUCCCUGAUUUGAUGUCCAGCCUGCAAAUUGUGUGGAUGAUUUCUAGCUACUACAACACAAAUGAGCGCAUGGUCCCUCUAAUGAAGCGUAUCGCCUGGCAGCUGUGUCAACGUGUGACUCAAGUAAUUGAUGUCCACACGCUAUUCAAAGAUAAGAGGGAAGUGGCCAAAUCCAAGGUGCAUGAUGCUAAGCAGGUCCUGGACCUGUGGAAGUCAUCCUACUUCCAAGUGCGUGCUGAACUUGAAAAAUCAGGCAGGAUUCACCGCUGGGAAUUUGACCGUAAGACACUGUUUGAGAGGACUGAUCACAUGGCUUCCGUCUGCCAGGACUAUUACAACAUUUUGCAGAUUUUGGAGGAGUUAUAUAAUAGCCUUGGUCCAGAGCUAAAAAAUGUGACCAGUGACCCAAAAGGCAUUGAUGAAGUUUUGUGCAGAGUGGAUAGUCUGGUUUUGCCGAUUGAAGACGUCAGUUUUGAUCCUUUCAACAUCUGUAAGAUGAGUAGCUGGAAAAUGAUCAUGCAAGACUUCAACACUACGGUUCAGGCUAUUGAGGGAGAGGCCAUCAACCUUGUUGACCAGUCUUUUAAGACACUGCACUCUUCAGCUGCUGCCCUUGACACGCUCCUGAAAUUCAAAAACAUCCGCUCCAGAGAGGCCAUCAACAACCAUUUGAUGAGAAAGUUUGAAGACAUCCUUGUUCAGUAUUGCAAAGAGGUGGACAGCGAAAGUGAAAUAUUUGAGGCAAAGAAGGACAAUCCACCACUAAAUAGGAACGAGCCUCCUGUUGGAGGAGCCAUCAGAUGGGCUCAAUCUAUUUUCCACCGCAUCAAACACACCAUCCUUCCCUUUCUGAAAGUGCCGGAGAUGCUGGAAAGUGAACGGUUCAAUGAGGCCAAGGGCAAGUACGUGGAAAUGUCAAUACGGAUCAAGAACUAUGAGGAGAAGAAGUACGAGUACUGGCUGGCUGAGACAGAAAGCAACUUGCCAUUGCUGAUGAAAAAACCCCUGUUGGUCAUGAUUACCAGUGAAAACCAAAUCCCGGCAGAACUGGAUGUCCCUCCAACUGAAAACAGGCUACAGAUGGGUGUGCGAUACAUUGUGAACUUUGCUCCAGAGAUCAACAAAAUCAUUUCGGAGACGAAACACCUGGCGUCACUUGGCUACUCUGUGUCUGACCUGGCUCAAAGUGUUGCUUUACAAGACCACAAAUUCAUCAGAUACGUGAAAGAUCUGAACAACGUUGUCAACUCCUACCACUCUGUAAUGGACAGCCUAAGUGAGACACUCUUCAUUAUGCUGGCCCAACAGAUCAAAGUGGUCAAAAAAGACAUGCAUUUUGGAUGCAAAAGACUCAACUGGAACUCUUUGGGCAUCCUCGACUUCAUCGAUCGAGGACUUCAGGCUGUCUCUAAGUUUGAGUUAGUUGUUAAAACGGUUCAUGAGAAUGAGAGGGCCAUUGAGUCAAAGUUGCAAUCCAUGGUGAUGGCCAACUUACUGAAAUAUCAAGUCCCCGACAAAUCAAACGACUUACCAAAGGUCAAGGAGUUCUGUGAACAUAUGGAAAGAGAGCGAACCAAGACUGUGAAUUUGCUGAGUAAGAAGUAUGCAGAAAUUGGACCCCUCAUCACUGAGACAGAGAAGUUGAUCACGGGAACCGGCAGUGGCAAAGCCAAAUGUAUGGCAGAUUAUUAUAUAUACUGGGAACGCAAGGUGCUAGACUCCCUUAUAAAGAUGGUGGUUCGGAACGCCCAGGCCUUCAACACGGUGCUGAGGGGAAGUAUCGCUCUUUUCCAAAUUGAUGUCAUCCUUUCUGCCCCGAAGAUUGUGUUGCAGCCCCAAAGCAAUGAGAUCUACUUGCUGAUCAUGCGGUGUAUCAGAGACUGUGUAGAGAGCACCAAGCAAUUUGUGCGUUGGAUGCAUGGGACCUGCAUUAUGUGCCCUCCCCAACAUGUGGGUGGUGAAGAUGAGGUGGUGACAUUUAGUUUCCACAGUGACGUGCAGCAGCAUCGUCAGAUAAAUGAGAGCGCCAUAACAGUGUCCCAGAACAUACAGCAGCUGCUCUUUUCUGUGGAUCAGUAUCUCGUCCACUGGAAACGCUAUGGGCCCCUUUGGGAAAAGAACAAAACCAUCAUCAAUGAAAGGUUUGCUGCAAGAAAACCAUCCUGUGUCAUGUAUGAUGAUAAGCUGCAGUUCCUUUCUCGUAUCAAUCAAGAGGUGAUGCUGGAGCCUCUGUUUAAGACUGAGCACAUCAUCCAUCUAAACUUGGAGCCUCUGGCUCACACGGUGCAGGAAGCUGCUGAGUCCUGGAUCAGUUCACUAGGUAGCCUGCUCAACAAGCCUGCCAAAGUGGAUCUCUUCAACUUGAGAGAUGAACUCAUGCAACUCUCUGGAAAGCUGAAAGAAAACCCGGACACUUUUGAUGACCUGAAGUCUAUCGUUGGCACCAUAUCAGACAUCAGGGACAUGUCAUUAGAUGUGGAGAUGAGAUUCAUUGAUAUUCAGGAAAGAUACAGAACAAUGGCCAUGUACAAAGUGGAGCUCGGAGAGGAUGAACGCGAGCUGGUGGCCAACAUUGACAAGAUGUGGAAUGACCUGUUUGCAGAAUCCAGACAAGUGGAUCGAAGUCUGACAGGUGUCAAGAAAUCCUAUACUCAGACUACAAAGGAGAAGAUUGAGGAGUUCAAGCAGGAAUUGUCUGUCUUUGCUGAAAGUUUCAACAUGCAUGGUCCUGGAGCUGUGGGAGAUGAUUUAGAGAAAGGACUGACUAUUAUGGAAACAUAUGAGGCAGACCUUGCCAAGAUAGUGGCAGGACGGCAUGAGCUAGCUAAUGUUGAGAAGCUGUUGGACCUACCAGUCACUGUGUACCCAGUGGUUGUUAGCAUACAGAAUGAGAUGAAGGGCUUGAGACAGAUCUAUGAUGUCUAUAAAGCUCAGAAGGAUGCAAAGACAGAGUGGUCUCAGACAUUGUGGGUGAAUUUAAACAUCCAGCUGCUAGAGGAGGGGGUCGAAGGUUUCAGCAAACGCUUGAGGCAGCUGCCCAAAGAUGUGCGGGCGUUACCUGCGGCCUUCUUCCUAGAAGGACGCAUGAAGGAGUUCAGAGAGUCUCUGCCUCUUCUGCUGGACCUGAAGAAUGAGGCCCUCAGAGACAGACACUGGAAGGAACUGAUGGAAAGGACCGGCUCUAGCUUUGAGAUGAACCCUGACAGCUUAACUCUGGAGAACAUGUUUGCAAUGGAGUUGCACAAAUAUGCAAACGUCAUAGGUGGCAUUGUCACCUCUGCUGUAAAAGAGCUCAUUAUUGAAAAGGGAGUGAAGAAGGUGGUUGAUACGUGGGAAAACAUGAAGUUCAGCGUGCUGCCCUAUUUCAAAGGCACCCAGAAACGUGGUUCUAUACUGGGCGCAGUGGACGAGAUCCUGCUGAGUGUGGACAACGAUGCCAUGAACCUACAGCGCAUGGUGGGAAGUCGUUUUGUUGGACCUUUCCUUGGCACCAUAAAGCAAUGGGAAAAGGACCUGUCCCUUAUCAGUGAGACUAUAGAGGUAUUGUUGCUAGUACAACGAAAACGGAUGUUCCUGGAGAACAUAUUCAUCGGCGGAGACAUUAACUCGCAGUUACCAGAGGAAGCCAAGAUAUUUGACAACAUUGACAAAAAGUUUAAAGAAAUAAUGAGUGACACAGUGAGGGGUCCAAACAUUAAGCGGUGUUGCCUGAUUCCCAACCGGCUAAGAGACCUGCAGGCCCUGAGUGAUGGUCUGGAGAGGUGCCAGAAGAGUCUCAAUGACUACCUGGACUCCAAGAGGAAUGCGUUUCCCCGCUUCUUCUUCAUCUCUGAUGAUGAACUGCUCAGCAUUCUGGGGAGUAAUGACCCUACCUGUGUUCAGGAGCACAUGAUCAAGAUGUAUGACAACAUAGCAUCUCUGAGGUUUGAUGUGGAAAGCAAUGGGGAGACAGUAGCUGGAGCCAUGGUGUCUGCUGAGGGUGAGGUGAUGGAGCUGAAGAAGCCCAUCCCGGUGGAGGGCAGGGUGGAGGAGUGGAUGACGGUAAUACUACAGGAGAUGAGGAAGACUAAUAAACGUAACACCAAGGAUGCGAUCUUCUACUACUGUAAAGACAUGAGCAGGGUGGAUUGGAUGUUGCUGUACCAGGGCAUGGUGGUGCUGGCAGCAAGCCAAGUGUGGUGGACCUGGGAGGUGGAAGAUGUCUUUAAAAAUGUGAAGAAAGGAGAGAAGCACGCACUGAAGAACUAUGCUGAGAAAAUGCACCAGCAGAUUGAUGAGCUGGUGACACGCAUUACACAACCCAUGAAGGAAAAUGACAGACGAAAGAUAAACACUGUGCUCAUCAUCGAUGUCCAUGCAAGAGACAUUGUAGACAACUUUCUAAACAACAGUAUAAUGGACGCUCAAGAGUUUGGGUGGGAAAGCCAACUCAGGUUCUACUGGGUCAAGGAACAUGACAACCUAUUUGUGCGUCAGUGCAGUGCUACGUUCCCUUACGGCUAUGAGUACAUGGGGUUGAACGGUCGAUUGGUUAUAACCCCACUGACAAACCGUAUCUACCUCACCCUCACACAGGCUCUCUCCAUGUACCUGGGUGGAGCUUCUGCUGGACCAGCUGGUACAGGAAAGACAGAGUCCACCAAAGAUCUGGCCAAGGCUUUAGGCCUGCUCUGUGUGGUUACUAACUGCAGUGAGGGCAUGGACUACAUGGCUGUGGGUAAGAUCCUCUCCGGCCUUGCCCAGUGUGGAGCGUGGGGCUGCUUUGAUGACUUCAAUCGAAUUGAUGCCUCAGUGUUGUCAGUUAUCGCCUCCCAAAUCCAGACAAUCCGCAAUGCUCUCAUUCUGCACCUUAAAAGGUUCCAUUUUGAAAGGCAAGAGAUCAGCCUGGACAGCCGCAUGGGGAUUUUCAUCACCAUGAACCCGGGGUAUGCAGGUCGCACAGAGCUGCCAGAAUCAGUCAAAGCCCUCUUCAGGCCUGUGGUGGUCAUUGUGCCUGACCUGCAGCAGAUUUGUGAGAUCAUGCUCUUGUCUGAGGGCUUCCUAAUGGCCACGGUGCUGGCAAAGAAGAUGACAGUACUGUAUAAGCUGGCACGUGAGCAGCUGUCAAAGCAGUCUCAUUAUGACUUUGGCCUGCGGGCUCUGAAGUCGGUCCUGGUGAUGGCAGGAGAGCUGAAGAGAGGUUCACCAGACCUCAGUGAGGAUGAGGUGUUGAUGCGUGCUCUGAGGGACAUGAAUCUGCCAAGAUUUGUAUUUGAGGACGUGCCCUUGUUCCUCGGGCUGAUCUCAGAUCUGUUCCCUGGGCUAGACUGCCCUCGUGUUUGCUAUCCCAACUUCAAUGAUGCUGUGGAAGAGAUCCUGGAAGAGAACAAAUAUGUCAUGCUGCCUAACCAGGUGGAUAAAGUAGUGCAGAUGUAUGAGACGAUGAUGACUAGACACACUGUUAUGGUUGUGGGCCCAACAGGUGGAGGGAAAUCAGUUGUGAUCAGCACAUUAUGUCAAGCUCAGACCAAAUUGGGAUUUCAAACCAAGAUGUUUCCCCUAAACCCUAAAGCCAUGAGUGUCAUUGAGCUUUACGGUGUUCUUGACCCCGACACUCGAGACUGGACUGAUGGGAUCUUAUCCAACAUCUUCCGUGACAUCAACAAGCCUACUGACAAAAAGGGGCGGAGGUACAUCCUGUUCGAUGGGGAUGUAGAUGCUCUGUGGGUCGAGAAUAUGAACUCAGUGAUGGAUGACAACAAGCUCCUCACUCUAGCCAAUGGAGAACGGAUCCAUUUACAGAGUCAGUGUGCCCUGCUGUUUGAGGUUGGAGAUCUGCAGUAUGCUUCCCCUGCUACUGUUUCCCGCUGUGGGAUGGUUUUUGUUGACCCCAAAAACCUGAGAUAUACCCCAUAUUGGCAGAGAUGGGUGAACAACAGACCUGACGGGGAACAAAAAGUGCUCAACAAACUGUUUGAGAAAUAUGUGCCCAGCUCUAUUGACAUGAUUGUAGAUGGUGUUGUUGAUGGCAAACAGGGCCAGAAACUGAAAACGGUUGUCCCUCAGACAGAUCUAAACAUGGUGACUCAGCUGUGCUUGACACUGGAUGCGCUGCUUGAGAGUGAGAGCAGCAGUGCUGAGGUCCUACAGUGUUACUUCCUGGAAGCACUGUACUGCUCGCUGGGGGCCACAUUGCUGGAGAGCGGUAGGAUGAAGUUUGACGAGUUCAUCAAAAGCCUUUCCGGCUUAACCACAGUGCAUGACGAGAACGCCGUGGCUGGACCUGGUGAGAUCCCAGGAUACCUCCCGACUCUGUAUGAUUUUCAUUUUGAUGGAACACAAGAGAAGUGGGUUCCCUGGAGUUCUCUGGUCACCAAAUAUAUCCACAACCCUGAGAUGAAGUUUGCUGAUAUUUUAGUGCCAACUAUCGACACUACGAGAGCCAGCUGGAUCCUGGAACAGAUGGUGAAGAUAAAGAGGCCAGUGCUUCUGGUCGGAGAGUCUGGCACGUCCAAGACUGCUACCAUUCAUAACUUCCUGAAGAACCUCAAUGCCGAUACAUGGAAUACUCUGAUCAUCAACUUCUCAUCCAGAACAACUUCAAUGGACCUGCAGAGGAACUUGGAGGCCAAUGUGGAGAAAAGGACCAAAGAGACUUAUGGGCCUACUAUGGGGAAAAGACUGCUGGUCUUUAUUGAUGACAUGAAUAUGCCAAAGGUGGAUCAUUACGGCACACAGCAGCCCAUCGCACUUCUGAAGCUGCUAUUGGACCGAGGAGGCAUAUAUGACAGAAGGAAGGAUCUUAACUACAAAAUCCUCAAGGACCUCGGGUUUAUUGCUGCCAUGGGAAAGGCAGGAGGUGGGAGGAAUGAGGUAGAUCCCCGCUUCAUCUCCAUCUUCAGUGUCUUCAGCGUCCCCUUCCCUGCAGCGGACUCCCUCCACCUUAUCUAUGCUUCCAUUAUCAAAGGCCACACCACAGCAUUUGAAGACGCCAUACAGAAGGUUUGUAAUAAACUCACCUGCUGCACACUGGAACUGUACAGCAAGAUCCUCAAAGAUUUGCCACCCACCCCCUCCAAGUUCCACUACAUCUUUAACCUGAGGGACCUGUCAAGAGUCUACAAUGGACUGACCCUCACCAAACCUGACAGGUUUUUGACUGUCACCCAAUUUUUGCGAGUCUGGAGAAAUGAGUGCCUGAGAAUCUUCCAUGACCGACUUAUUGAUGAAACUGACAAAGCCUUGCUCCAAGGCCACUUAAAGAACCUGAUUGAGGAGCAUUUCAAGUCAGACAUGGAGGCAGUCAUGAGGGACCCAAUUCUUUUUGGAGACUACAGGACAGCCCUCAGUGAGAUGGAACCACGGGUCUAUGAGGACAUACAGGACUAUGAUGUGUCAAAAGCCCUGUUUCAGGAAAUCCUAGAGGAAUACAAUGAGAACAAGUCGGGGAUGAACCUAGUACUGUUUGAUGAUGUUCUGGAACAUCUGACCCGUGUGCACCGCAUCAUCCGCAUUGAUCGUGGCCACGCACUGCUCGUCGGUGUGGGGGGCUCUGGCAAGCAGUCCCUCACCAGGCUCGCUGCCUUCGCUGCUGGCUGUGAGAUGUUCGAAAUAACCGUUAGCAGAGGAUACAGUGAGUCAAACUUCCGUGAUGACCUGAAAGCCCUGUACUUGAAGCUUGGCAUUGAAAAUAAGAAGACAGUGUUCCUCUUUACUGAUGCCCAUGUUGCUGAGGAAGGCUUCUUGGAACUCAUUAACAGCAUGCUCACCUCAGGGAUUGUUCCUGCAUUGUUCCCUGAUGAUGAGAAGGAGUCAGUUCUCAACCAGCUUCGUGAUGAGGCUCUUGCGAUGGGAGCAGGUCCCUCGAAGGAGAGUGUGUGGCAGUACUUUGUCAACAAGAGCGCCAACAAUCUACACAUUGUAUUAGGCAUGUCUCCAGCAGGUGACACCCUCAGGACACGCUGCAGGAACUUCCCAGGACUGAUGAACAACACUGUGAUAGACUGGUUCUUGCCAUGGCCUCCACAGGCAUUACUUGCAGUCGCUCAGGCUUUCCUAGGUGAAAGUUCAAUGAUUCCUAAGGCACACUCUGCAGCAGUGAUAGCUCAUGUGUGCAUGGUCCAUAGCUCUGUGGGUGACUAUAGCAAGCUAUUCCAGCAGAAACUUAGACGAUGCAACUAUGUUACUCCAAAGAACUACUUGGACUUCAUCAACACCUAUUUUAACCUUUUGGAGGAAAGGGAUCAAGAUAUUCUGGCUCAGUGCAAGCAUCUAGAAGGAGGUUUGGACAAACUGAAGGAGGCUAGUGAGCAGCUGGCUGAGCUGAAUGUCAAGCUAGCAGAGCAGAAGGUAUUCCUUGCUGAUAAGUCCACAGCCUGUGAGGCCCUGCUGAAUGAGAUUGGCACAAACACGACUGAAGCUGAGGCGAAAAAGACUCUGGCAGAAGACAAAGCCAAAGAGAUUGAAGAGCAGAACAAAGUAAUCACUGUGGAGCAGAAAGAAGCUGAAAGUUCUCUGGCUGAGGGCCUGCCGGCUUUAGAGGCAGCCCGCAGAACCCUGCAAGACCUGGAGAAAUCUGAUGUCGCAGAGAUCCGAUCUUUUGCCAAGCCACCCAAACAGGUGCAGGUGGUUUGUGAGUGCAUCCUGGUGAUACGUGGCUACAAGGAGAUCAAUUGGCAGUCAGCCAAGGGAAUGAUGUCAGAGGCUACCUUCCUGCGCUCGCUGAUGGAAAUGGACGUUGAUUCCAUAAAUACUAACCAGGUCAGGACUGUCAAAGGCUUCCUAAAGAACCUCCAGACAAGCUUUGAGGAGAUGCAAGCCAUAAAUAAGGCCGGUUCAGGAAUGCUCAAGUUUGUCGAAGCUGUCAUGGGUUACUGUGAGGUUGCAAGGUUGACAAAACCCAAGAGAGAGAAGGUUGCACUCCUAGAGAAGAACUUCUUUCAGAGUAAGAAGGAGCUGGAAUAUAUUCAGAGUGAGCUUAACGAUCUCCAAAUGGAGUUGCUCGCUCUUGGAGAGAAGUACCAAGCUGGUAUUGAGGAGAAACGGCUGCUAGAGGACGAGGCUGAGCUCAUGCAGAGGAGGCUGAUAGUUGCUGAAAAAAUCUCUGGCUUGAGCUCUGAGAGUGAACGAUGGACACAAAAUUUGGAGGGGUUGAAGCAGCGUCGAGUGCGUCUCCUGGGUGACUGCCUGAUAUCUGCUGCUUUCCUGAGCUAUGUAGGGGCCUUCAGUUGGGACUUCAGGAAUGAAAUGGUAUACCAAGUAUGGGUUAAGGAUGUGCAGGAUAGAGGCAUCCCCUUGAGCCAGCCUUUCAAAUUGGAAAGUCUUCUGACUGAUGAGGUAGAAAUCAGCAGAUGGGGCUCAGAGGGCUUGCCUCCAGAUGAACACUCAGUGCAGAAUGGAAUCCUCACAAGCAGGGGGAGCCGUUUUCCCAUAUGUAUUGACCCACAACAGCAAGCACUCAACUGGAUUAAGAAGAAGGAAGAAAACAAUAACCUCAAGAUCUCAUCUUUCAAUGAUCCAGACUUCCUGAACCAGCUAGAAUUGGCCAUUAAAUAUGGCUUCCCAUUCCUUUUACAAGAUGUGGAUGAGUACAUUGAUCCUGUGAUUGACAAUGUCCUGGAGAAGAACGUAAAAGGAACAGAGGGCAGACAGGUCCUCAUGCUGGGUGACAAGGAGGUGGACUACGAUCCCAACUUUAAACUGUACCUCAACUCUAAACAUGCUAACCCCAAAUACUCCCCGUCAGUGUUCGGAAAAGCCAUGGUCAUUAAUUAUACUGUGACUCUUAUGGGUCUGGAGGACCAGCUGCUGAGCCUUAUCAUGGGCUUUGAGAAGAAGGCGCUGGAGGAGCAGCGGGAGCAUUUGAUUGAAGAGACAAGCAACAAUAAGAAGCUGCUGAAGAAACACGGGGACUCCUUGCUCAGAGAGCUGUCCACAACUACAGGCAACAUGCUGGAUAACACAGAGCUGAUUUACACAUUGGAGGAGACAAAGGCAAAAGCCAGUGAGGUAUUUGAGAAACUACAGUUGCUCGAGAAGACAUCUUUGGCGAUUGAUCAACUCAGAGACAGCUACCGACCUGCUGCCAAGCGCGGUGCUAUCCUGUUCUUCGUACUGACAGAAAUGGCUCUGGUGAACAGCAUGUACCAGCACUCUCUAGCCUCCUAUCUGGAAGUGUUUGAGCUUUCACUGCGCAGAUCUCUGUUUGACUCUGACCUGCUCAAAAGACUGAAUAACAUCAUGAACACUCUGACAUACAGUGUUUAUAACUACGGCUGCACAGGUCUGUUUGAGAGACACAAGCUGCUGUUUUCCUUCAACAUGACCAUCAAGAUUGAGCAGACGAAGGGGAGGUCACCUCAGGAGGAGUUGGAGUUCUUUAUCAAGGGUAAUCUAUCCCUGGAAAAGAGCACUCGUAAAAAGCCCUGUGACUGGCUUGCAGACCAGGGCUGGGAGGACAUAGUGAAACUAGCAGAGCUCUUUCCUGAGCAGUUUGGCUCUCUGCCGGAUGAUGUGGAGAAAGAUCCCACUGACUGGAAGUCUUGGUAUGACUUAGAUGGACCAGAACAGGCUCAAGUCCCCAUGAAAUAUGAGGAGACCCUGUCGGCCUUUCAGAAGCUGCUGUUGCUGCGCUGCUUCCGUGUUGAUAGAAUCUACAGAGCUGUGACUGACUACAUCACUGUCACCAUGGGCGAGAAAUAUGUGCAGCCCCCUGUGAUCAGCUUUGAUGAAAUUUAUAAUCAGAGCACACCGUCCUCCCCCAUUGUCUUCAUCAUGAGUCCUGGCUCCGAUCCAACCGCUGACCUCGUGAAACUAGCCGAGAGGGCAGGCUUUGGAGACAGCAAGUUCAGGUUCAAGUCCCUUGCUAUGGGUCAAGGCCAAGAAAAGGUGGCACUGCAUUUGCUGGAGGUGGCGCGAUCCCGUGGUCAGUGGUUGUUGCUGCAGAACUGCCACCUGACGGUACAGUGGCUGAAGGAACUGGAGAAGUCCUUAGAGAAGAUCAUUAACACCAACCCCAAAUUCCGCUUGUGGAUCACCACCAACCCCAUUAAGGAUUUCCCCAUUGGCCUACUGCAAAAGUCUCUGAAGGUAGUGACAGAGCUUCCCAACGGUCUCAAGCUGAACAUAAGAGCCACAUACUCUAAAAUCUCCCAGAAGACCUUGGAUGAAUGCCCUCACCCUGCCUUCAGAAGCCUGGUAUAUGUGCUGGCCUUCUUUCAUGCUGUGGUGCAAGAAAGACGCAAGUACGACAAGAUUGGCUGGAACGUCCUCUGUGACUUCAAUGAGUCUGACUUCUUCGUGAGCAUGGAGAUCCUGAAGACCUACCUGACCAAAGCUCACAACCAAGGAGGAAGCCUUAUUCCCUGGGGAAGUCUUAAAUACCUUAUUGGGGAGGUGAUGUAUGGUGGGCGAGCCAUAGAUAGCUUUGACCGCAGGAUCCUGACAGUCUACAUGAAUGAGUACCUUGGAGACUUCCUCUUCUACACCUUUCAGCAAUUCCACUUCUUCAGCAACAAGGACGUCGAUUACAAGCUCCCACCAACUGGACCCAAGGGAGUCUAUGUUGAUGAGAUUGAGAUGCAGCCACUGGUGAACACAGCAGAGGUAUUGGGUCUUCAUUCCAAUGCAGAGAUAGGAUACUACACACAGGCAGCUAAAGACAUGUGGACUCACCUAAGAGACCUGCAUCCUCAGACAGGUGAAUCUGCUGGAAGCAUCAGUAGGGAUGAGGUCAUCAGCCAGGUGGCCCAGGACAUUCAGAACAAGCUGCCCAAGUUAUUCGACCUAGACGUGAUCUGUAAAAAGCUUGGGUCUGACAUUUCCCCGACCUCAGUGGUGCUGCUUCAAGAACUGGAGCGCUUCAACAAGCUAGUGGUCCGCAUGCAGCGCUCUCUGGCUGAGCUGCAGAGGGCCUUGGCUGGUGAGGUGGGAAUGAGCAGUGAGUUGGAUGAGGUUGCUCGGGCACUUUUUAAUGGUCACAUCCCUGCCAUUUGGAAGAAGUUGGCCCCUGAAACUCUUAAGUCUCUCAGCAACUGGAUGAGCCAUUUCAAGAGGCGUUAUGAGCAGUAUAGCUACUGGGUGGAUGAGGGAGAGCCAAAGGUUAUGUGGCUAUCAGGACUCCAUAUCCCAGAGUCCUACCUGAAUGCCGUGGUCCAGGCUGCAUGCAGGGAAAAUGGUUGGCCUCUAGAACUUUCCACACUGCACACACAGGUGACCCAGUACCGCAGUGAGGAUGAAGUCAGUGACGGACCUGGACAGGGCUGCUUUGUGUCCGGCCUGUAUCUGGAGGGGGCGGACUGGGACACGGAGAAGGGCUGCCUGGUGAGGAGUACACCAAAGGUUCUGGUAGUUGAACUACCUAUUCUCAGAGUCAUCCCCAUAGAGGCACACCGCCUGAUUCUAAAGAAUACGAUACGGACACCAGUCUACACCACAUCUCUGCAUAGGAAUGCAAUGGGUGUGGGGUUGGUGUUUGAGGCAGACCUGAGCACCACUAUCCACAUCUCCCACUGGGUGCUCCAGGGAGUCUGUUUGUCCCUCAACGCUGACUAAAGACAGCCCUCAGCCUAACCGAGCUGGUUAGCUUUCACACAAUCUGUUCCAGCAUGUUGAUUGAUAACAUUGAUUUAUGCUUUUUUAGAAAGAUAAACAAAACUUUUAGUACCUCUGAUUAAUGGGUACAUUACAGGAAGCCAAAUAAGUUGUGAUGAAAGAUUGCACAUAUGUUUUAAAAAUAAAGGAAACU